AUGACUCGUCCCGCUUCGUCAUCUGCAAUUCCUUCCGAUACUAUGAGAAUUUCCACACCAUUUGUGUUCACACAUAGAAGUGACUUGACGAGUGAUCGUAACAUUCAAAGAGCUUUGAAAGAUUUUCCUGAAAUACCAUCAAAAGAGUGUAGUGAAGGGUUUAUAAAAUUCUCGAACAACUCAGCAAGAAUUCAAGAGAUUGAACAUUCAGAGAAAGCGACACAAAUUGAACCAGAAGCAGAUGAACCAAAACGACAUGAAAAUGUUACUCAAAAUGAUGGAAAUCACAUUAAAAUUUAUGCAGAAAUUGCUGAACUUCAUGAGAAGAUCAAAGAGUUGAAUGAAAAAUUGAAGAACGUCGUUGAAAUUGAUGUAGUGACACGAAAGAUGAAAGAAUGUCAAGCUGAACAUGGAAAACUUCUCAACACUCUCGAUGAGGAACGAAAUAAAAUUAAAGUUCUAGAAGAUCGUUCAAAUGAAGUGAAAGCUUUACAGAAAGUCAUUGAAGAUUUCAAGCAAGAAUUGAUUCGCAUCAAAAGAGAAAACGUUGAAUUAUCAACUCAAUGCGAGAAUCACGCAGCUCUGAAUAAUGAAGUGUCACUUUGUAAACAGCAUAUGAAUGAACUUAAGCAAUUAUUAGAAGUGAAAGAGAAAAGCCUACAGAAUGAACAAGCUGGUAGAAUGUCAAUUGAACAUUCACAAGAAGAAUUGUUGAAGAAAAUGAAAGAAGUACAAAGAGAAAAUGACGAGUUUGCUGUUAGACUUGAAGGUUUGAAAACAGAAAACGAAGAUUUCCUACGAAGACAUAAGCAACUUGAAAGUCGAAUACAAUUUCUAGAAGGCCACAGCACAGAACAACAGAAAAAGACUUUCUACUCAAUUCAAUCAACAAGUGCUGACUCAACAAUUCUUAAGUCUGACAAAACAACUUCCACGUUACCAAGUUCACACGUCAAACGAGCAACAACCUCAAAGGAAAUUAAAUUGGAAACAAAUGAAGAGAAAGAAAAUUUUAACGAUUCACAUGACCAAAUUAAUAUGUCAACAUCUUCUGCUAUUGCUUUCGCUGAUACUUUCUCGAGAUCAGUUUCAAAAGAUGACAAAAGCAUUGACGAUCCAUUGGACACGAGAACAUUUUCAAUUGAGCAAGAAAGUGAUCCCGAAGGUAUAAGUGAACUGCUAGAAGACAAUGAAAUUGAGUUAGAUCGAUAA